AGCAGCAGCAGGAGGAGGUGGAGGCGGCGGCGGCUGCAGGAAAGGAGGAAGAGAGGCGGCAGCAGCCAGUAGCCAGCAGUCUGCAGCCAGCAGCCUGCAGACGCGCGGCGCUGCUCUGCCCCUUUUCUCUCUUGCUCCCUCCCCCAGCCUGAGCCCACAGACCGCCUCCUUCGGCGGCAGCAGCGCCUGUAGCGCCAGCCGCAGAGACCUUCCCUUCCUCCGGGAGACGCGGACCGAGCGAGCCUCUGCAGGCUCAGCUUCUCCGGGUCGGCUCGGGCAGAGCCGCCUGGGGACCGGCCGAGGGCUCCGAGAGCGGAGCGCAGGGAUCGAGCUCAGAGACCCAGGCAGCGAGCCCCGGCUGGCCGGCCCCUCCGUCACUAGUCCCGUUUCGUUCUAAGAUCCUGAAGCCUCCCCGGCUGUCUACGCCGAACUCCUGGCCUGAGCUGAGCCGGCAGCCCGCCCGGCGUGACUGCGAGAGCGAGUGCGGCUGGAGGCCAGCCCUGCCCGGCAGUCCUGAAGCAGCCCCGGCUGAGGGAAGAGAAAAAUGUCAGUCAGCAUGCAUGAAAAUCGCAAAUCUCGGGCCAGUACUGGCUCAAUUAAUAUAUAUCUGUUCCACAAAUCCUCGUAUGCGGACAGCGUCCUCACACACCUGAAUCUUUUGCGCCAGCAGCGGCUCUUUACAGAUGUCCUUCUACAUGCAGGAAACAGGACUUUCCCUUGCCACAGAGCCGUUUUGGCUGCGUGCAGUCGCUACUUUGAAGCCAUGUUUAGUGGUGGUCUCAAGGAGAGCCAGUCCAGUGAAGUCAACUUUGACAACUCUAUCCAUCCCGAAGUCUUGGAGCUGCUCCUUGAUUACGCCUAUUCCUCCCGAGUCAUCAUCAAUGAGGAGAAUGCAGAAUCCCUCCUGGAGGCUGGAGACAUGUUAGAAUUCCAGGACAUCCGAGACGCUUGUGCGGAGUUCCUUGAAAAGAAUCUCCAUCCCACCAACUGCCUCGGGAUGCUGCUGCUGUCUGACGCCCACCAGUGCACCAAACUCUACGAACUCUCCUGGAGGAUGUGCCUCAGCAACUUCCAGACCAUCAGUAAAAAUGAAGAUUUCCUUCAGCUGCCCCAGGACAUGGUGGUCCAGCUCCUGUCCAGCGAGGAGCUGGAGACUGAAGAUGAACGGCUGGUGUACGAGUCUGCUAUUAACUGGAUCAGCUACGACUUGAGCAAGCGCCACUGCUACCUUCCCGAGCUGCUGCAGACCGUGAGGCUGGCUCUCUUGCCAGCCAUCUAUCUCAUGGAAAACGUAGCCAUGGAAGAGCUCAUCACCAAACAGAGGAAAAGCAAAGAGAUUGUGGAAGAGGCGAUAAGAUGCAAAUUGAAAAUCUUGCAGAACGACGGCGUCGUCACCAGCCUUUGUGCUCGGCCUCGCAAAACCGGCCAUGCCCUUUUCCUCCUGGGAGGGCAGACCUUCAUGUGUGACAAACUGUACCUCGUGGACCAAAAAGCGAAGGAGAUCAUCCCCAAGGCAGACAUCCCCAGCCCGAGGAAAGAGUUCAGUGCUUGUGCAAUCGGAUGCAAAGUGUAUAUCACCGGUGGGCGGGGGUCAGAGAACGGGGUCUCCAAAGACGUCUGGGUCUAUGACACUCUUCAUGAAGAAUGGUCGAAAGCGGCCCCCAUGCUGGUGGCCAGGUUUGGUCAUGGUUCUGCCGAACUCAAGCACUGUCUCUAUGUAGUCGGCGGACAUACAGCAGCCACUGGUUGCCUGCCAGCUUCCCCAUCUGUCUCAUUAAAGCAAGUAGAACAGUAUGACCCCGUGACCAACAAAUGGACGAUGGUUGCCCCACUCCGAGAAGGCGUGAGCAACGCCGCCGUGGUGAGUGCCAAACUGAAGUUAUUUGCUUUCGGCGGGACCAGCGUCAGCCACGACAAGCUGCCCAAAGUCCAGUGUUACGACCAGUGUGAGAACCGAUGGACAGUUCCAGCCACUUGCCCUCAGCCCUGGCGGUACACGGCGGCAGCUGUGCUGGGCAACCAGAUUUUUAUUAUGGGUGGAGACACCGAAUUCUCUGCGUGCUCAGCGUAUAAGUUCAACAGUGAGACAUACCAGUGGACCAAGGUGGGAGAUGUGACGGCCAAGCGCAUGAGCUGCCACGCGGUAGCAUCUGGAAACAAACUUUAUGUAGUUGGAGGCUACUUCGGUAUCCAAAGAUGCAAAACCUUGGACUGCUACGAUCCGACCUUGGACGUGUGGAACAGCAUCACCACGGUCCCCUACUCUCUCAUUCCUACGGCGUUUGUCAGUACUUGGAAACAUCUUCCCUCCUAAUUCCGAUGCGCUGUUGGAAGGUGACUAUCAGUUUAUUCCAUGGCGAAACAACUGUGGGACCUAGACUUUGGAGAAGCCGAAUUUAAUGAAGAAGAAGAAAAAAAGUUGUUCUGGACUCAAAUAAAUUAUACUGCACCUUGUAAAUGAUCUAUCCUGGUCAUGAAGGAAAGGGGAGGGGGGGGGGAGGGGGGAGGUAAAGAUUCUCAGUGCAAGUAGCACAUGGUUUAAAUAUGAAUGAAUGGACCUGUGAUCUAGUCCUUGUCUAGUAAUUGUGGAUUAAUGUCAGCGUUAAUCAGCCCUUCAGAGGGAGAAGAAAGCCUGGCCUUUUCCCUAGCUGUGCCAUGUUCAGCUCUUGAUUUCCAUGGACUCCACCAUUUAUGUGUCAAAUUUGAAAUGGUUGUCACCUCUCUUGGAGGAGCCAGUCUGAAGACUCAGCACCAGCUGCGGUGGAGGCCGGCUGGAUUCUGAGCAGCGUCCUGG